AGUACCAACAAACGCCGAUGCUGCUCCUUGCUACUUAGCGGGACUCGCAGCACUCUCCUCCACGGCCGCCCAGCACAAACGGACCGAGUAGCUAAGCUUGUCAUCAUGGACACAAGGGCGGUGUGCAUCAGCUGGCUUGUGAUCCUCGCGCUUGUGCUGCUCGCCGGCCCGGGCCUGGCGGCGUCGUCGCUCGCGGGCGGCACUGCCAGCAUCGACGUGGCGCGGCAGUUGAUGCCGUCGUCGUUGAUGAGGCUGGAGGACGGCGUGGCGCCGGAGCUGGCGGUGGACCUGGGGCUGCACCGGCGCGUCCUCGCCGGCAUCGACCCGGGGGCGGGACCACUGAACGCCAACAAGCCAGCCUGCAAGCCCAAGUGCGCGGAGCCCGGACAGCCCAACACCGGCCCGGGCUGCCUCAAAAUUUAUGGCUGCCGAGGAGGAAGCUGAGCGGCACAGCACUAAAGACGUCGACUCAACCUCCGGCACCUACACAGCCAUGGGUGCAUGCACUCGCGUUCCCAUGUUCUAUUUCCGUUUCCAUUCUGCAAUUCAACACCGCGUCGUCUUGUUGUACUAUUGUGCAGUGGCAGUGAUUGUACCACCCGCUCGAUGAUGAUCAAAAGUGAAUAUUAUCUUA